UCCAGCUUCCCUGGUAGCUCGGGGGCGGCUCCAGCCUUAGAAAUGCCGCCGGCCCCCGGUUCCGGCUUCCCGGCUCUGCCGCCGCGGCCGCCGGGGCUGCUGUUACCGCCGAGCCGGGCGCCGCAGCGGCUCCUCCUGGGGCCUACGUCUGCCCGGCCAGCCCGUGCCCGGAGCCCCCUUCGCGGCUUACAUAACCAGGCUCCCGGCUGAGUGGGCAAAGCUCAACACAUCUCGGCGGUGCGGGGGCAAGAAAGAGCCCCCAGAUGCCCUUCCACGGCGUCCAGAGAGCCCGGAGCGGAGCGCCCCGGGCAGGGCGCAGCCGGACCCUGGGCGUGCGGGCCCCUCUCCUUACCCCGCUUUCCAGCAUCUCUGGCAUUUGCGCUAAGUUGCUCGGGUUGCAGUCGUGGGGUGCAGGGGGCGCGCGGCUCCUGCACCUGUUCGUGCUGGGCCCGGGGUGGGAGGCGACCCCCAGGCCCCCCAGUAAUGUCCCGGGGUCUCUGGUUUGGGUCCUCGCAGCGCCCGAUCGACCGCCAGAGAUACGACGAGAACGAGGACUUGUCGGACGUGGAGGAGAUCGUCAGCGUCCGCGGCUUCAGCCUGGAGGAGAAGCUGCGCAGCCAGCUGUACCAGGGGGACUUCGUGCACGCCAUGGAGGGCAAAGAUUUCAACUAUGAGUACGUACAGAGAGAAGCUCUCAGGGUUCCCCUGGUCUUUCGAGAAAAGGAUGGACUGGGAAUUAAGAUGCCGGACCCUGAUUUCACGGUUCGAGAUGUCAAACUCCUAGUGGGGAGCCGGCGACUGGUGGACGUGAUGGAUGUAAACACCCAGAAGGGCACGGAGAUGAGCAUGUCCCAGUUUGUGCGUUACUACGAGACGCCCGAGGCGCAGCGGGACAAGCUGUACAACGUCAUCAGCCUCGAGUUCAGCCACACCAAGUUAGAGCACUUGGUCAAGCGUCCGACUGUGGUAGAUCUGGUGGAUUGGGUGGACAACAUGUGGCCCCAGCAUCUGAAGGAGAAGCAGACAGAAGCCACAAAUGCCAUCGCAGAGAUGAAGUACCCCAAAGUGAAGAAGUAUUGUCUGAUGAGUGUAAAAGGUUGUUUCACUGACUUCCACAUCGACUUUGGAGGCACUUCCGUUUGGUACCAUGUUUUCCGGGGUGGGAAGAUCUUCUGGCUGAUCCCUCCAACACUGCACAAUUUGGCACUCUAUGAGGAGUGGGUGCUGUCAGGCAAACAGAGUGACAUCUUUCUGGGAGACCGCGUGGAACGAUGCCAAAGAAUUGAGCUGAAACAGGGCUACACGUUUUUCAUUCCUUCCGGUUGGAUCCAUGCCGUCUACACCCCUGUAGACUCUCUGGUGUUCGGCGGAAACAUCCUGCACAGCUUCAACGUGCCUAUGCAGCUACGGAUCUACGAGAUCGAGGACAGAACACGGGUGCAACCCAAGUUCCGUUACCCCUUCUACUAUGAGAUGUGCUGGUAUGUCUUGGAGAGAUACGUGUACUGUGUGACCCAGCGCUCCUACCUCACUCAGGAGUACCAGAGAGAAUCCAUGCUUAUUGAUGCUUGCAGAAAGCCCAGCAUAGACGGCUUCUCAUCUGAUUCCUGGCUAGAGAUGGAGGAGGAGUCCUGUGAACAGCAGCUCCAGGAGGAGGAGGAGAAGGAAGAGGAAGAGGGGGAGGGUGUGGAUAAGGCUCCCAAGCCUCCCACUGAUGGUCCUGCCUCGCCCACCAGCACCCCCUCCGAGGACCAGGAGGCCCCCGGGAAGAAGUCCAAAGCGCCUGCCAUGCGGUUCCUCAAAAGGACUUUGUCCAACGAGUCAGAGGAAAGCGUGAAGUCCACCACGAUGCCGGUAGACUACCCCAAGACACCCACUGGCUCCCCUGCCACAGAGGUCGCCACCAAAUGGACCCACCUCACUGAGUUUGAACUGAAGGGCCUGAAGGCUUUGGUAGAGAAGCUGGAAUCCCUCCCAGAGAACAAGAAGUGUGUCCCUGAGGGCAUCGAGGAUCCGCAGGCACUCCUGGAGGGCGUGAAGAAUGUCCUGAAGGAGCAUGCUGAUGAUGACCCCAGUCUGGCCAUCACUGGGGUCCCUGUGGUCACUUGGCCAAAGAAGACUCCAAAGAACCGGGCUGUGGGUCGGCCCAAGGGGAAGCUGGGCCCGGCCUCCGCGGUGAAGUUGGCUGCCAACCGGACAACGGCAGGAGCUCGGCGGCGCCGGACGCGAUGCCGCAAGUGCGAGGCCUGCCUGCGGACCGAGUGUGGAGAGUGCCACUUCUGCAAGGACAUGAAGAAGUUCGGGGGCCCUGGGCGGAUGAAGCAGAGCUGCAUCAUGCGGCAGUGCAUCGCGCCAGUGCUGCCCCAUACCGCCGUGUGCCUUGUGUGUGGCGAGGCGGGGAAGGAAGACACGGUGGAAGAAGAGGAAGGCAAGUUUAACCUCAUGCUCAUGGAGUGCUCCAUCUGCAAUGAGAUCAUCCACCCUGGAUGCCUUAAGAUUAAGGAGUCAGAGGGUGUGGUCAACGACGAGCUUCCCAACUGCUGGGAGUGUCCGAAGUGUAACCACGCCGGCAAGACCGGGAAACAAAAGCGUGGCCCUGGCUUUAAGUACGCCUCCAACCUGCCCGGCUCCCUGCUCAAGGAGCAGAAGAUGAACCGGGACAACAAGGACGGGCAAGAGCCUGCCAAGCGGAGGAGCGAGUGUGAGGAGGUGCCCCGGCGCAGGUCGGACGAGCACCCCAAGAAGGCGCCCGCGGACGGCAUCCUGCGCAGAAAGUCCGACGACGUGCACCUGAGGAGGAAGCGGAAAUACGAGAAGCCCCAGGAGCUGAGUGGACGCAAGCGUGCCUCGACGCUUCAAACGUCCCCCGGUUCCUCCUCUCACCUCUCGCCGAGGCCCCCUCUAGGCAGCAGCCUCAGCCCUUGGUGGAGAUCCAGUCUCACUUACUUCCAGCAGCAGCUGAAACCUGGCAAAGAAGAUAAGCUUUUCAGGAAAAAGCGGCGGUCCUGGAAGAACACUGAGGACCGGAUGGCGCUGGCCAACAAGCCCCUACGCCGCUUCAAGCAGGAACCAGAGGAUGAUCUGCCUGAGGCACCCCCAAAAACCAGGGAGAGCGAUCACUCACGCUCCAGCUCACCUACUGCCGGGCCCAGCACCGAGGGGGCUGAGGGCCCGGAGGAGAAGAAGAAGGUGAAGAUGCGUCGGAAACGGCGGCUUCCCAACAAGGAGCUGAGCAAGGAGCUCAACCACGAGAUCCAGAAGACGGAGAGCAGCCUAGCUGACGAGAACCACCAGCCCAUCAAGUCGGAGCCCGAAAGUGAGAAUGAGGAGCCCAAGAGGCCCCUGGGCCUCUGUGAGCGCCCCCAUCGCUUCAGCAAGGGGCUCAACGGCACCUCCCGGGAGCAGCUGCGGCACCAGCUGGGGCCUGGCCUGCGCAGUCCACCCCGUGUCAUCUCCCGGCCCCCACCCUCCGUGUCCCCGCCCAAGUGCAUCCAGAUGGAGCGCCAUGUGAUCCGGCCGCCCCCCAUAAGCCCCCCACCUGACUCACUGCCCCUAGAUGAUGGGGCAGCCCACGUCAUGCACAGGGAGGUGUGGAUGGCCGUCUUCAGCUACCUCAGCCACCAAGACCUGUGUGUCUGCAUGCGGGUCUGCAGGACCUGGAACCGCUGGUGCUGCGAUAAGCGGUUGUGGACCCGCAUCAACCUGAACCACUGCAAGUCCAUCACGCCCCUGAUGCUGAGUGGCAUCAUCCGGCGACAGCCCGUCUCCCUUGACCUCAGCUGGACCAACAUCUCCAAGAAGCAGCUGAGCUGGCUCAUCAACCGGUUGCCUGGACUCCGAGACUUGGUGCUGUCAGGCUGCUCGUGGAUUGCGGUCUCGGCCCUCUGCAGUUCCAGUUGUCCAUUGCUCCGGACCCUGGAUGUCCAGUGGGUAGAAGGACUGAAGGAUGCCCAGAUGAGGGAUCUCCUGUCCCCACCCACAGACAACAGGCCAGGUCAGAUGGACAAUCGGAGCAAGCUCCGGAACAUCGUGGAGCUGCGCCUGGCAGGCCUGGACAUCACGGACACCUCCCUGCGGCUCAUCAUUCGCCACAUGCCCCUGCUCUCCAAGCUCCAUCUUAGUUACUGUAACCACGUCACUGACCAGUCCAUUAACCUGCUCACUGCUGUUGGCACCACCACCCGAGACUCCUUAACCGAGAUCAAUCUGUCAGACUGCAAUAAGGUCACUGAUCAGUGCCUGUCCUUCUUCAAACGCUGUGGAAAUAUCUGUCAUAUUGACCUGAGGUACUGCAAGCAAGUCACCAAGGAAGGUUGUGAGCAGUUCAUAGCCGAAAUGUCUGUGAGUGUCCAGUUUGGGCAAGUGGAAGAAAAACUCCUGCAAAAACUGAGUUAGUCCAAGGACAAGUAUGUAAAUAUGGGGCGGGCGGUGGGGGUCACAGCCGGGGAGGGAGAAAGACUUUACAAAAAUGAGGGCUUUUAUUUUCCAUUUGGAACUUGAGAAAAGAGACCACAGAGAUUCCAUUUUGCAAGCCUUUCCAAGGGAGAGAGAAGCCGUUCAACUACCUGCUGGGGAUGCGUGAGCUGGACGCUUUCCUUUGGUCGUUCUGAAUCGUGACUGCACUGCUUCCUGGACCAUUUCUAAGGCGGCCUUUACAAGACAUUCCCGUCGAUGAGAAGGAUGGACCGUAGAGAAAUCCUCAUCAAAGCACGAGCUUAGGAGUUUUUGUCAUUGGUGGUGUUCUGGACCCCUCAUUCCUUGCAACUUCAAGGUUUUUGGUGUCGACAUAAAGUGGACCACACACCACACCUUCCGCUGUCUUGACACGUUUUGUUUCUUUGAUUUUGUUACAUCUUACAUUAUGCAGAACUAUUUUUGUACAAAUUGUUUAAAAGUUAUUUAUGCAACGUUUGAAUGCAUACCAGUGUUUUUAUUGUUUUGAGAUUGCCAAUCUUCCUGAUUUCCUUACAGUAGGAGAGAACUUAACCUGUACUUCAUCGACACAACCCAUCUAUAAAUGUGCCCAGAUCUGACAAGGUGGGCUGAGACCUUCCACUUAAAAGCAUGUUUAACUGGAAGUUGAGAGCCUGCUUUUAUGUCAAGAAGUUACACGAGCAUGUUGUGGAUAAAUGUAAAUUAUAGUCGAAGUAAGACACUUUGCCCAGUUUCCUCUGUAUAGAGUUCACUUUUCUCAAAUUUUAAAAUGUCACCUUCAGCCUUUGCACUCAGGAGGGUCUGCCCAGCAUGAGCUCUUGCACUCUACCUAGAUCUGAUUUACACAGUGAGUCAAGAAGUAGAAUAAAUGCUCCCACAUA